CGGACUGGUAGGACACGAGGCCGUCUCUGUGCGGAUCUGAGCGCGCCGGCCGUCACGACCGCUCGGCUCCCUCCUUGCUUGGACACCAGUCCUAUAUAAAUUCGCUCUCAUAUUGCGAUCUACGGCUACCUUCGAAGGGAUCCUGUUACCGUGUUCGCCUCAUAGCUUCCGGAGUAUUGUGUAGUGAUGACCAUAUCAGAUCAAGGAAGUUGGAAGCCAAGGCUUUUGUAAAGUUGACGCUUCGGAGUGACGUUGGCUCCUCAGCUGCUAUCAUGAGACAAACUCUAUCUAAGCUCUGACGGGAGCCAUAAGUAGCCGACUCUUCAGUCCGUCCGCGAGCGGGCUCUUCCUUGCUAACCAUGUCCGAUGGGUCGUACCAGCCGCCUGUCCCCAAAUCAACCGUCCUAGAGAUUGGUCCCAUCCUAAUAGGCGCACUUCUCUCUUGGAUGUUUUUCGGCAUAUCCAUUGUGCAGCUUUACAUAUAUCAUGUUUCGUUUCCCCACGACCGCAGGUCCAUCCAGGCCGCUGUGUACCUCAUUUUCCUCUUGGACAUCUUCCAGACAAUAGUCGCGGCCUCGGAAGGAUGGCAAUUUCUGGUCAACGGCUGGGGUCGUCAGAUCAACCUUCAGUUUCCCGGCUGGACGUUCACAGCCCUUCCCAUCGUGUCGAGUCUAGUGUCACUUGGGGUACAGACCUUCUACGCUUGGAGAAUUUGGCAACUUGGGCGCUGGAGGUUCAUCCCAAUAAGCAUUAUACUUACUGCUUUGGCUUCCGCCGGUGGAGCAUUCGCCAUAGCUAUCACAUUCGCGUUCACCCACACUAUCGCGAGUCUGCAUGAGAAGCGGGUGUUCGAACCCACUAUAGUAUGGCUCGGCGGGGCUGCGUUGACGGACAUUAUGAUUAUGUGCUCCAUGCUCUACUUGCUUUACUCAGCGAAACAACACACACACUCCUUCGAGCGUAGCGGGCUCAUCGUCAAUCGGCUCAUCCGGCUCACGGUAGAGACCGGCUCCGCCUGUGCGGUUUCUGCCAUCGUUCAACUAGGCUUAUUCCUGGGCUUGAAGCAAACAAACCUCCAUCUCAUAGUCGCGCUGGUCCUGAGCAAAAUCUACUCAAACACGCUCAUGACGUCGCUCAACUCACGGGCGACCAAGCUCUUUACCCCGCGAGCGACCGCUACGAGCUCGAGCUACCGAUCGAGACAUGCCCAGUCGACGUCGCAUCAGUUUGCCAGCACCACCGGCACGGGUCCUCUCGCCAUUCAGAUCACUCACGAAGUGGAGUCUGACAGGGACGUGGCGGACCACAAAGCGCGGCAGAAUUGGGAGAUCGAGUUGGAUGACGUUCCCUCGUCCCAGGAGACAGGGUCGAAAGAUCCGAUAAGAUCUGUGUAAAGCACUAACAUUGUAUCAUUC